GCUACUACCCUACCACUGGUUCGCUUUCAUUAGCUGGAGUGACGACGACAGAGACGGUUCAACAUCCACGAGGAGAAAACGGUUGCUUCAAACCAACACAAUUGAGCAUUUUUGAAUUUUAUUCGAAAUAUAUCGUCGUGUUUACGUUUUCUGAAGGCGACUUUUCUGAUAUAUUGUAUAUUUUAAAGUCAUCAGGAGGACCAAAGGUUUAAACUCAACGUUACAGUCGACGCUUGUGGCAAAAAAAUAACUAACAAUGGCCAAGGGAGAAGACUCACACUCUGAAAUGGCCGACGUUCGACAGAGAGAUGGCAUCAAUGUAAUCUUUGACCAGAACAGCCCUGCCUCAUCUCGCUCCCGCUCACCAGCCAGAAGCAGCGGUGGUGGCAGACGCUCUGUUGGCUCUGGUCGCCACAGGGGACGUGGCACCCAUGGGCGACGUUACAGGUCUUCAUCGUCGUCUUCGUCCAGCAGCAGGUCUUCCUCUCACACCAGGUCCCGCUCUCACCCUCGUUGCCACAGACCUUCUUCCCGCUGUCGCUGUGACAAACAUCGCAGAAAUGGCCGUGAGCGCCGCUCCAGGCAUUCCAGCCGCAGGUACAGGAGGUCUGUGAGUCGGUUUUCCCAAUCCCCACCCAGAACCCACAAAAGCGGCUCAAGGUCCGAAUCUUCAGAGCAUUCUGUCAACUUAAAUUUGGAUGAUAAAGAAGAACUCCUCAAAACUGCAAAGUCCAAUGCUACGACGAUUCUAGGAGUGGAGAAGCUGGAACUUCCCGAGAGGAUCCUAGAAGUGGAGAAGCUGGAACUUUCUGAUUGUGUGAAACCAAUCCUGUCAGAGCAGUCGGUGGAGUUCAAAUGGGUGUCGUCAGAUACAUGGGUGAGACAAGACCCUGAAAAGACUCUGUCACAGAUAACAUGACAGUGGUCUCCUUCACUCAUCGGCACCUGGGAUUAAAGGGCUGUCAUGUGACUUGGGUGACGACAAUAUGUGUUUGCGUGAAAGGUUAUCUGAUAACUCUUGUAAUGUUCACAAUGUGUAAGUUUAUCAACUAGAGGCUUGCAAUUAAACAAACACAUAUGUAGAUUGCCUCAAAAUCAGAUGAUGCACACAGUCCAUAAACAUGCUAAAUAUACACAUAGAUACGUAGAUGAUGCAAUUCAGCUAUUGUAUUACACUGACUCCACUUCAUAUAGAUAGGUAGUAGAUUUUUGACAUUUCUAAUGUAUUCAUGCUUGCAGUUGAAAUGGGUCAUUGUUAUUUAGCAGAAUCCUCCACUCGCUGAUGGAGCACAGGCGUGUGGACUGCAUUAUAGUGACUAUCCCUGUCAAGAACUAAAAACAGAUGAAGAACUCCUCUCCAUAUGCCAAAGAUAAGUUGGUUCACCAGCUGCGUGCUGAGGGCUGGGAAACCUACGUCACCAUCAUUCUGCCACUGUAGACAGAAAAGACAAACCUUUACUCUAUUUUUCUUUGCAUUUUAUUCUGUUUCAAGGUCUGUCCUUGUAGGAUUCAUUAAAUGGUCGAGCCAGGCCUUUGAUGGCAGUGGGACGGGGGUGUUAAGUGUUGAAGCUAACACUUAAAUAACAAUGCAAUAGAAGUUUUUUUUUUUUUUUUAUUCAUUUCUUAAUUAUUAUUUUUUUA